AUGGCCGGCCUCAAAACCAUCAUCGUCCUCGCCUUCGUCCUCGCGAUCGGCUUCCUCCUCGUGAUCCUCUCCUCCGCGCUCUACGGAAACUACUUCCCGCUGCUCGUCGUCGCCACAUACUGCAUCGCGCCGCUGCCCAACGCAAUCUGCUCGUGCUGGAGCAACCCCGACGACUUCAUGGACAGUACGGGCCGCCUAGGGCUAGAUCUAGGCAGGUUCCUGACGGGCUUCUUCGUCGUCAUGGGGAUUGCUUUGCCGGCGGCCCUGGCACACUCGGGCAUCAUCCAGGUCUCGGCCAUGGUCAUGUCGAUUAUCGGCGGCCUGCUCAUCUACGGGACAAUCAUCUCGUUCACGAUGUUCUUCCAGGAGGCGGAGGACUUCUAG